AUGUCGACAGCCCCUCCUCGGUGGGUCGUAGUGGACGACGCAGACAGUACAAUCGCCUACACCGGUGCUUGGUCCAACGUCGCGUCUAAAAGUCUCGAUACCCUAGGCAACUUUGGACCCACGUACCUCGGCACUUCGCACGGGACAAACAGCACCGCUAGCUUCGCCUAUUCCUUCCAAGGAUCUGCCGUGAACGUCUUUGGAACCACGAACAUCAACAAUUCGUCUGGCGUCAUCGACCCGACCUGGGAGUGCUUCAUCGACGGCGUCAGCAUCGGCUCAACUUCUCCAUUCCAAUACGCUGAGAACAACUGGGCUUUGUGUACAUGGAAUAACAACGGCGCGAGUGGGUCGCAUGUCCUCACUGUGAACGCGACGUCGAACGGCCAUCCAUUUUACUUUGAUUGGCUGCAAUAUGAACCGCCGCAGAGCGCUUCGGUCCAAAAUGCUGUGGUGUACCUUGGCAACCUGGACGCAGCGAUCAAGUACGACUCCUCGUGGCAGUCGCGGGGAAACACAGCGAACAUGACGACGAAGGGGGAAUCGAAAGUGACGGUUGACUUCAUUGGCACCCAACUCAGCUGGUAUGGCUUCAUUCCAUCAGCACUCCCGCACAAUCCUUCACUAGGGACAUACGCAAUUGACGGCCAGACCACCCCAACCGAGUUCACUUUGAAGGGCUUAGCCUCAUCCAGUUCGGAUGCAAUGUACAACACGCAAUUUUUUCAAACACCAAAGUUAUCCUCUUCUGGGCCCCAUGAACUCGUAGUGACGUUCCUCGGGGACAGUUCCUCCACACCGCUCACCGUAACCUAUAUUCUCAUCCAAAAUGGCAGUCUGUCCGUUUCCGCGCCUUACACCCCCAGCUCUAGCUCCGGUUCCUCUCCUUCGAAAUCCACCAGUUCACCAUCAUCAUCAUCCACGGGGAUGACAACCCCACCCUAUACCUCCCAUGUCUCAACCGGUGCCAUAGCCGGCAGCAUACUAGGUGUCCUCGUCCUCAUACUCCUAUGCCUCCUCUUCGUCCUUUGUUUUCUGAAACGCCGGCAUCCCCUUGCCCUUCCCUCUACACCCGAAGAAACGGUGGUCAUAGAACCGUUUCGCAUUCCCUUCUCACCACCACAGGACACGGAAUACACGUCAUGCUUGCACAACGCUGGAUACCCACAAAUACAGACACGCACCCCACUCCAAUCGUACGACCUCCCAAAUAGCGCUGCGAUUUCGUCUGGCAGGCCACCGCCUAAUGUCACGGUUCCGCGCAGGCUGGCGCAGCACCAGCCUCGACCGCUUGUGUAUCCGCCAAGGAAGCGCAUGGAUUCAGAGGCAGCGAGCUCCAUAGUACCGGCUACCCCAACGCCCCAGAUGUCGGCCUCGCCGAGUGAACCACCUAUGCCAAAUGGGAGGAGCAGGUCGAGGGUGGUGUUGCAUCAGGAUAGUGGGAUUCGGCUGCGUAGGGACAGUGAGGAACAGGAGGAGGUUGCGGAGGUGCCGCCGUUGUAUACGCCUGGGUGA